GCAACUCUCGCCAGCAUGCCACCAUCUCGCCCUCAAGUUCGCAUACAGACAGGUCCACCCCAAAUAUCAAAUUCUACCAUAGAACCAGAAACGAACCAGCCCCCGUCCCCACAUGGGCAAUCGAACGAGCAUAGGGAUGAACGACCGGCGAGCGACAUGGAGAAGAAUACUGACGUAUCCGACUCUUCUGUUCACACAGAUCACAAACAGCUAGCAAGGACGAUGAAUCUACCACAAAGCUUGCGAUGGAUACAAGCUAACUCUACUUGGUCCAAAUGGAAACCCGUCAUUCGAAGCGCUCUUGCCGCCUGGAUCGCUGUAGUCGUGUUCAUCAUUCCCCAAAUAGAGAAUAUACUGGGGCAGGCAGCAUUCCUUAUCAUAAUAGCUUCGUUUCUAUCACCCCCUAGCGAUCCUUUCAUAGCAGUUCUCGAACGCGAAAUCAUCGUACUCAUCUUUGUGGCAUUGGGUUGGGCCUGGGUCUGCUUGGGACUUAUGUUUGCUAGCUUAGCUCGCACUCAAACCAUACCAGACGCUAGUAUACUCACUAUCAUCACAGGAGAGUACAUCGAAGCGGGGCCCUCUGUUAUCAUCGGCGUUUUCAUUUUUAUCGGAAGUACUUUCUUCUUGUACAUCAAGGCUAGACUAGGCCCCGGACCUUUCCUCCCCGCUUCCGUGUUUGGGUGUAUAUGCGUUGACAUUUCCUUGAUGACCGCGGUUCUUUUUCCUUAUCCAUAUUACAAGAUCGGUCAAAUGAUCAUUCUUCCCUUGGCCUUUCACUCUGCGAUCUCCCUCGUUGUAUCGAUUCUCGUGUUUCCGCAAUCUAUCUCCGCUCAAUUCACGACGUAUAUGCAGGGAGCCGUCACACCUCUUGCAACCGCUAUCUCAUUGCACAGGUCUCAUCUCCUCGAAGACGUCACCUCAUCUGCGUUCUCCUACAAACAGAUUACAGAUGCAGCAAACAAAGCUGAGAAUACAUUGCCUAUGCUCGCAGCUGCUGCCCGAUUACUAAAACUUGAUGUCGUCUACACACGCCUCGCGCCUACCGACUACAACGAAAUGCACGGGAUCGUGCGCAAGCUUAUGGUGCGGGUGCAUGGCAUGGGCGUAUACUUUAUACUCAUCCAUCCGACGCGAGAGCAAUUCCCUGUCACCCCCGCUGUCUCCCACCCCGCAACACCCGUGCAUCCCAGAUCCCCCUCUCCUCGGCCUGAUCGGCCUUCCUCUGUGACGACAGAAGAGAGACACGCACCCUCGGCUGAUAAGGAAAUCAGAAAUCGCAAACCAUCUAAACACCACCAGCCGCUGCCUUCUCACGCGCGGUUAUAUCCUACCAAUUCCACCUCACCCCUCCGUUCGCACCGUUCGCACCGUUCGUAUAAGCACUCGCACUCACACCACGCCCAUCACACACUCUUGCACAGCUCCUUGCUGCACUUGGCGCUUUCUCGAGUGCCCAAGCGCUCUGGAGAAACAGCCGUAGGUGUAUUUGAAUCGCAAAAAUAUCUGAACUUGGAGGCGAUACAUUUGUCGCAUCCGGAUUCAACUUUCUUUACCGCUCGAGCAAAUGAGCUACUCAGCGACAGCUGCCAGGACCUUCUAAGUGUGUGCCAAGAAGUACUCGGAAUAUCUGGAGGCUGGAUAGGCAAUGUUGGGGGGUUUAGCUUCGAUUUUUUGAGGGGUGACCAUGAAGAUAAGGCGCAAAACCACAGAGAAGAAGUGCAGAGGUAUGAGGAUUUGCUUGAAAAGUUAACAAGGGAGCUAGAUGAAUUCUCGACCAAGAAGAGGUUGACUGUUUUGGACCCAUAUCGUCCAAUGUUCGACCGCAGCGAUGAUACAUCUAGUGACUACGAAGUUCCUCCCCACCGGUAUUUAUUCCACUGUUAUGUGUACCAGUACCAUCUCUUGCAUUUUGCUGCACUAUUACAAGACAUGCUCAAAGAAAUCAUUCGACUCGAAACGCAAAGAGAAAAGCCCAAAUUAUGGGUUCCUUCCUUACCGAAGUUGUUUACCUGGAGAACAUGGGAACCUUAUGAGAUUAACGAACAAGAAGACGACGAGGAUCCUGAAACGAUUCCAGGCAUAGACCCUACUUGGAUGACGGACCUCGGAAAGGCAGUAAAACGCGAUCCCGAUGCCCUUCCCCCAAGAAAUGCACUUGAAAGGGUGAUGAACUGGAUUUACCGCGCCGUUAUCAGCAUCGGAGGUGGAAACAUGCUCUUCGCCCUGAAAGCGGCAACGUUAACAGUGAUCCUUGCUAUCCCAUCUUUCCUCAAGACAUCGGCAGAGUUUGCAUACGCAAACAAGUUUGUCUGGGCCGUUUUCAUGGCUCAACUUACUUUAGCGCGUUUUCGCGGAGACACGACAUUCGGUGUAAUAGCUAGGAUAAUAAGUACCUUCGCUGGCGGUUUGAUUGGUACGGUCAUUUGGUAUAUUUCCGCAGGGAAUGGCCGAGGCAACCCUUAUGGACUGGCAGCUGUAUGUGCGGUCUGCUACCCGUCAUUUUUCUUUGCUCGCUUGUAUUGGCCUAUCGCACCCAUGACGAAUUUGAUUAUAUGGGUCACAACGGCAUUGGUCGUGGGGUACUCAUAUGACGACACUCAUCUGACUGUCACUUCGUCGCCAGGGUGGGGCAUUGAUGUGGCUUGGCGCCGUUUUGUACUAGUCACCGUUGGUGUCUUAGCUGCGGGUAUCUUCUCCCACUUCCCUCCGUCAACGACUAUUCGUUCGUAUCAGCGGCGAACGCUGGCUACAACAUCAGCCGAACUUGGAUCGAUCUACUGUUCGGUCGUGUCCUACGCGAACUCACACGUGGAGAAAGACAACACCAUCACAGUCCGGAGCUUGUUAGCCAUCCGCAGCAAACUCAAGCGAUCACUCGUGCUAAAGGAGAAUGUCAUAUAUGAGUUUUCAUUGCGCGGGAAAUGGCCUGCUGAGAGGUAUCUUAAGAUAUUGGAGAUUCAAACGCAAAUCGCGUACGAAUUGUGUCAUCUGAUGUCCGUAGUGCAUGAUCUGGAACCUGCUUGGGCUCAUGCCUUCCUUCGCCGGACCCGGAUGCUUGAUUCGGAUUUCCAAGGCGAUGUACUCGCUGUUAUCAGCCUGAUCUCCAAUGCACUGCACACGGGUUCUCCUCUUCCUCAAAUCACCCCAUGCCCGUUACUCGACAGGUUCAUGCUCAGGCGUCAUGGUUUGAACGUGGUGCAUGAAGAGUCGGAAGACGAUUAUGGAUUGCCACGGACGCUCACCGUGGACACGUUGGAGAAUCUGCAGUACCUAACAUUUUGCGUUGGCGUUUCUACCACCUUUGGAAUUAUCACUCGACUCGAUCGUUUGAUGGUUGCUGUCAAAGAGCUGGUGGGCGAGCAGUAUCAUAUUGAUGGUAUGGGGAUGUCUGUGAUAGCGACAGAGGUUUGAGUCGUUGACUGUCUUCGUUCUACUGGAUAUCUGGGUUUUUUUCUUGUAUUUACAAGUGUACUGGCCUCGUUGAUUUAUCAUCUAUGUAAUAGCCCUGGAAGAAGGUAAACCGUACUCCACAAUAUUAGUGUAGUUCAUACCGGAUACUACAAGAAGGAAAGAGAUUGAUUCGGGAUGAAAAACAAGAAUACAUGAGUGUUGGCUGCCUGGGUACGACGGAUAUUUGCAGACAGAUCAUACCAGAUCACUGUGAUACGCCGCGCACAACAAUAAACCCAACAAAUUAGUUCUGCAAACCUCCACCCCAUCGAGAACUGGCCAUGAUAUCGAUCCAACCAUGCUUCAAACCCCAGAUUCUAAGCC